AUGCCAACAGAUGGUACCACCCCCGCUAAAGGCGGGGGCAUGAUGUCGCUCUAUGCAAAUCUGUUGGGGCCAUCCGCUGAUUCUGCCCCGGGAACUAUUUCUCGCGCGCCUGUUGUAUUCAAACAAGGCGAUGACGCGCAAGAUGAGUCCACUGCAAAGAAGCAGCAACUGAAUGCUGCUUCUCUUCGAUUCCAACCCACCAAGCGGCCACAGCUUGCAGCGCAAAAGGCCAAACCAAAACCCGCAUUACCCAAGGCACCGCAACCUAGUGCCGGCCAGCCCUCUACCUCUAGUGCGGCGCCUGUGAAACCAACUCUGGCCGACUGGGCCGCGGAAGAAGACGAUUAUGGAUACGUGGGCGAGAAGCGACAGCGCGGCGGAAGGAAGAAGCGCAAGAAGAACCACGAGCCGCACGAGAUUCCACAAAAUUGGGACGAUAUAUAUGACCCGUCGCGACCGAAUAACUAUGAGGAGUACCGACAUAGUGACGAGAAGAUUCUCGAGGUUCGCGAAUGGAAAGACCGUCUUUAUGCGCACCGCAUGAGACGCUCGCCGAGCAAGGACUCGGAUAGCGAUGACUAUGACCGGCCCAUGAACCGCCAAUUCGCACCACCAAUGAGCUUUGCUCCCCCACCGAAUCUUAACGAUGUGCCCCCACCCCCUCCGGCAUCUGGCUCCGACUUGUCCGGCGAGGAUGCUUUCACUCAACGUGCACGGUUGAGCCAGCGCGAGAAUACCGAUAUAGACAUGCCCGACUAUGCCCAGUCAAUACCACCGCCACCUCCACCACCCGAAGAACCGCCCGCUCCCCCUUCGGACACUACCGGCGACGAAGCAUACAAGCGCCGACUUCAGCAAACAAACCAGCCUCCAUCAGGGCAACUUCCGCCCACCCCUUCUCGCCUCGAUGCCUUCCAACCCAGUUCCGCGACUAUUUCUCGCGCACCCGUCCGCUACACCCUCCCUCCCCCUCCAGCAGAUAUCCCUGCAUCCGAAGCAGAGCUGGAGGAGGUAUUCGCCAAGGAACAGCCCGCAGACGCACAGGGCGAAGCAGAAGCCGAAAACGCCGAGGAUGCGCCGCGUUCCCUCCGUCCUGGUCAGAAGGGCUUUGCAGAACGUCUACUCUCAAAAUAUGGCUGGACCAAGGGAUCUGGACUUGGUGCUACGGGAUCAGGUAUUGCGAAGCCAUUGCAGGUCAAGGUUGAGAAGCGGAAGAAGCGGCCCGAUGCUGAAGGGGGAGGCUUUGUCACUCCUGGAGGACGGGGUACGAUCAUCGGUGGUAAGAAAAAGGGUGGGGAUGAUACUGGCAAAUUUGGACCUAUGAGUGAGGUCAUUAUUCUCCGGGGAAUGCUGGAUGGCAUGGAUCUUGAAGCAGAGUUGCAAAGUGGGGAAUUGAUGCAAGAGAUUGGUGAAGAGUGUCAUGAAAAGUACGGGAGUGUGGAACGAGUGUACAUUGCUCGAGAUGCAGGCACACCAGUUCCCGUGUUUGUCAAAUUCACCAGUCCUUUGUCUGCUUUGCGGGCGGUAAACGCUCUUGAAGGACGAAUCUUCAAUGGCAACGCAAUCACAGCUCGAUUCUUUAAUACUGAGAAAUUUGAGGAGGGGAUCUACGUGGACUAA